AUGACGAAUCCAACAAACCUCGCGGCAUUUGUUUUGUUUUGUGGUUUUGUCUUGGUCUUGCAAGUCCAUCCGUCCACUCCAGCGGAUGAUGACGAAACGUUUGCGUUGUAUCGAGAGAAGAGCUACUAUUUCGGCAGUACUUUCAAGCUCAAUUGGUUUAAAGCGGUCGAGUUUUGCCGGAGCCGCGGCAUGUUUCUGUUGUCGGUGCGAAAUGCGGCCGAGCGGGAAGCCGUCAUGGCGUACCUGAAAGGUACGGGUUACACCGAAAAGCACAAAGGACUCAUGGCGUGGAUCUCGGCGAACGAUCUGGGCGAGGAAGGUGAAUUCCGCUGGGCUUCUACCGGUGAAUCGGUCGCGUACGAGAACUGGAGCGAAACUGAGCCGAACAAUUACGAAAUCGAUAACUGUACCACGGAAAAUUGCGCCAUUCUGGAGUACUGGGCCGAUGGGGGUUCAAACUACAAUUACACCUUCAACGAUCGCGCCUGUCGGCGGGAGUAUUAUUUCAUUUGCGAAUCGCUGGCUAAUUAG